CUCCUUCUCUGAACCGCAGACCCGAGAGAUGCUCGUUGCGGUCUCAAUCCUGGCCAUAUCGCUGUCGAUACUGAUCUACCACCACCCACUAUCUACAUGGCCCUCCUACUUCGCCUCCGCGCAGGGCUCUGCGGCGCCCACGGAGCCCGAACAGUCGCAGCAGGGUGAAGAGCGCCCCGCCGAACAGCAACAGAUAGAGUCGCAAGGACAACAAGAGAAGGAUGUACAACUCCAGGACUUGUCGCCUGCAACAACUCCAAAAGCUACGGCCAGCAAUGCAAAUGCGCCAGCUAUACCGUCCUUCACGCUCGAGGAGCAUCACAGCUCCAGUGAGAGCGAAGAUGAGGAUAACUUGCCGCCGCCUUCGUUUCCAGCGCUGAACUCCGCACAACGAGCUUCGAAACCAGCACCGCCGAGCUUCGCGAUGUCGCCACCGCCUCAGCCCAGCCUCAUGGCUCCUCCCGCAUCGAAUGGCAGCAUGGCCCCGCCAUCGAAACCCGCUUCCUCUCCUUCCCUCAUGGCACCGCCUCCACGCGUCUCUGCCUCGAGUCUACGCCCCUUACCCACAGCAUCCACCUCUCAGGGCUUUAGCGCACCAGCCACAGGUCUCGUGCCUCCUCGUGGACCCGCCGCGCCUGGCCUCAUUCCACCACGAGGACCUGUGCCAAACCGCGGCCCGGUCCCGAGCAGAGGCCCACCGAACUCAAACGGCUCUCUUGCGCUGCCACCUUCAGGCAAUCCUAAUGUUAUCAAGACGCCUAAUGCUCGCAACAAGGUGCAACUUACGCCUGGUCACUCGCCACUUGACUGGGCCAACCUACAGCGCAGCAAUACCAACCUAUCCGGUGUGAGCUCCUUAGUAUGCGUCACACCUUCGAUGUUGAAGUUCAUGAACGGGCGCAAGGACAAGGAGACGGGCAAAAUGAAGGACGCAUGGUCAGUCUAUCAAGGCAAGGUCUACAACAUCAGCCCUUACUUGCCUUACCAUCCUGGUGGAGAGGGUGAGCUGCGAAGAGCGGCGGGCAAGGAUGGGACAAAGCUGUUCAUGGAGGUCCAUCCCUGGGUGAACUGGGAGAACAUGUUGGGCGAGUGCAUGGUUGGCAUCUUUGUGUCUGAAGAGCAAGCGCCUGCUAAGAGUACGCUGGAGGAUAUGGAUUAGAUGGAGAAGAAGACACCCUAUAGAUUUGCAUUUGAUGGCGUUCUUGUGACAUAAUAUCUGCACAUGAAAGCGCGUCGCUAUACUCCCUAAGUUUGCUGUACCCUCAGUAUACAUAGUGUAUCAUAAAGGCAUCACAGCUGAAUGCA